CGUAGAGUGAUCUCGGAAGCACUUUCGCAUGCCUAUCAAUAAGCUACACGAAGAGCGCCCCCGAUGCUUGAGGCAUUCACGGCUCAGCCAAUAAUUGAGCUGAAACAAAGGGACAAAUCCAAGAUCGAAUCGAUCCUGUCCCACAGCGAUCAACUACUCAUCGGCCUAAACACUGGCUCCCUUCGUAUCUAUCGUGUCAAAAGCUCUCCGCCCAGCAGCACUGCAGAUGGAUCUACAGAUCCGAGUGCAUUAAAUCCCGAUGACCGUCCUUCUACGUCGAAAUCGACCGAGCUCCUUAGAGAAUACGAGAAGUUCUCGAAGUAUAAGAUAGAACAACUCGCUGUUUUCAGAGAGGCAAACAUACUUCUGUCAUUGAGCAAUGGACUUGUCUCAAUACAUGACCUGGGGACCUUCGAGUUGCAAGAACAAUUGACAAACACAAAAGGCGCUACUCUCUUUGCAGCUACAAGCAAUAUCGUGAAGGAUUCUACAACGGGAGUGCCCACCUUGGUGAGUAAACUGGCUGUCGCUGUGAAGCGGAGACUGCUGUUGUGGUCGUGGCAUGAUGGCGAACUCGAUGGUGAUGCUGUUGAGGUAUCGCUAUCACACAGCAUCAAGUCGUUGACAUGGGCCUCCGGGACGAAGAUUGUGGCUGGCUUGAGUUCGCAUUACGUUCUGUUGCACACAGAUUCUCGAGAUAUCACAACGAUUGUUGGGCCUGGAAGUAUCGGAGGUGCUCCGGGGCAAGAGGCAAGUAGGCUGGGAGGGACAAUGAGCUACAUCGGAAUGGGAGGCAUGCUUCCAACGCCUUUAGCGACGGGGCUUGGGGACAAUGAGAUGUUGUUGGCACGAGACAUCAAUACACACUUCAUUGAUCGGGAUGGUGAGCCUAUAGGCAGACGGCAGAUACCAUGGCGAAGCCCUCCACAAGCCAUUGGAUACUCUUAUCCGUAUCUUCUGGCUUUGCAAGAAGCCAGCAAAGGAUCCCUUGAGGUACGAAACCCCAAGACACUUACAUUGCUUCAAUCCAUAGACCUGCCAGGCGCUGUGCUGCUUCAGGUACCAAACCCCAACAUCAGUCUCGCGCAUCAAGGAAAGGGUUUUCUAGUCGCAAGCGAACGCAUUGUGUGGAGAAUGCAAGGCAUCAACUAUGAUACUCAGAUCGAUUCAUUGGUCGACAAUGGAGAUCUCGACGAGGCUAUCUGUCUGUUAGAGAUGAUCGAGGAGACUCUCAUCAAGGACAAAGCUGCUCGCCUACGAGAGGUUAAAAUGCAAAAGGCACAGCGUUUGUUCGACGAAAAGAAAUUCAGGGACGCUUUGGAUUUGUUUGGCGAAGUCUCUGCGCCACCGGAAAGGGUCAUUAAACUGUACCCUCCGGUCAUAGCUGGAGAAUUAUCACUGGACUCAUGUAAAGACGAUGGUAAUAACCAGAAAUCAAAGAAAAUUGAGUCGACGACCAGUCCGACGAAGAAGCCCAAAGCUGCACCUUCUGAAGCCGAUACGGAGAGCAUCAGAAGUGUGAGGACGAUGGAGCAUGCGAGUAACCAAGGAUUGUCUGAAAAAGAACUCAAGACUGCAGUUCGUGAACUCCAAGCUUUUCUUGCCGAUGUUCGUCGGAGGCUACAAAGGUUCUUCAACCCGGACCAGACAAUUCGCACCCUUUCGGAAGUGCAAGGCAGUAUGCAAGCCGAAGAUAUUCGACGGGUUACGGAUCAUCUCCUCGGUAUCCCUACUCUGGAUGAUGUUGAUUUCCGAGAGAAGCUCUUGGCCGUCGCUACACUGGUGGACACGACCCUCUUCAGGGCACAUAUGUAUGCUACGCCGUCACUGGCAGGUUCAUUGUUCCGAAUCACAAACUUCUGCGACCCAGACGUUGUUAUGGCUAAGCUUGAGGAGACAGAGCGAUACAAUGACCUAAUCGAAUUUCUGUAUGGCAAGCGACUCCAUCGGAAAGCGCUGGAAAGACUUCAGAGAUUUGGCAAGGCCGGACAUACUGAAGAUGUCGACCCUCAACUACACGGACCUGCAAGAACAGUGUCGUAUCUGCAGAACCUCGGACCUUCAUUCAUCGACAUGAUCUUGAAGUUCGCACGUUGGCCUCUAGAGACCGAGCCCCAGGCGGCAAUGGAAAUAUUUGUGGCCGACACUGAGAAUGCGGAAUCGUUACCACGCCAUAGAGUCCUGGCUUUCCUAGAAUCCAUCGACAAAGGACUGGCAAGAACAUAUCUUGAGCAUGUGGUGGAUGAACUGAACGACCUGACACCUGAUCUACAUCAACGUCUGGUCACGCUCUAUCUAGAGGAAUUGACGCAAGCUCAGUCGACCAACCAGCAAGAAAUCCUCGACAAGUUGUUGACUCUACUCAAGUCUUCGGAACAGUACUCUCCGGCAAAGACCUUGGGUUUGCUACCCAGAGACCAAGCGCUCUUCUACGAACCGCGAGCCAUUGUGUUCUACAAGAUGGGGAAUCAUCGGCAAGCCCUGGAAAUUUAUGUCUUCAAACUCCAUGACCCGGCGAGGGCAGAAGAGUAUUGCAACCAAGUUCAUCUUGAAGAGACUAUCAAUGACACCAGCAAGCCUCCAUCUAGGCGAAAAUCGACAACAGACCCCGUUGACGAACAGCCGUCUGUUUAUCAUAUCCUCUUGAACCUCUACCUGAACCCUCCAAAGGGGGAAAAGGCAAUGUGGGGUCCGGCGAUUGAAUUGAUGGCACGACAUGGUCCCAGAUUACCCGCGAGCUCGACAUUGGAGAUGAUUCCCGAGGAUUUGUUCGUGAAAGAGCUGGAAUUUUACUUCCGUGGGAGGAUGCGCAACGCCAACACUGUUCUGAACGACUCGAUGAUCUCGGCCGGUCUUAGGAAGGCGGAAGCGGUUCGCGUACAAGCUGCUCUUCUGCUCGGAGAAGGUGGCCAAACAGGGGGUAGAGGGAGGAAAGUUCGCAUCGACGAAGACCGCGUCUGUGGAGUCUGCCACAAGCGACUUGGUGGCAGCGUCAUCAGUGCUUUUCCCGACAAUUCGGUUGUUCAUCUUGGCUGCGCGGUCCGAAAGCAGGCCGAACUUGCAGGCAAAAGCCAGCACCGCUGAUUUGCUCAUUUACGCGUGAGCCAUGUUAUUUUGAGAUACCCUGAGGUGUGAUAGGAGUGCAUAUAUUCAUGCGUCGUCCUCCGCGACUUCUUCGCCAUAGUUUUCCUCCUCUAGCUCCUC